CCUGGAUAGGAGGUCCGAGAGCGCGACCAAUCGCAGCGGCGGCGCGGCGCGUUACCCGGCAGAAUGGGCCGAGGCUCGGCGGUCUAGGCUGCACGGCCCGCGGAGCGCCCGCCCGGCGAGCAAGUUCCCGGCGGCGGAGGCAAAGGCGGCGGCGGCGGCGGCGGCUGUGCGGGGCCGCGGGCGGCGCCCGGCUCGCCCUCCGCGCCAUGGCCAAGGUCCAGGUGAACAAUGUGGUGGUGCUGGACAACCCGUCCCCCUUCUACAACCCGUUCCAGUUCGAGAUCACCUUCGAGUGCAUCGACUUUUUAACUCUAGAUUUGGAGUGGAAAAUUAUCUAUGUGGGCUCUGCAGAAAGUGAAGAGUAUGAUCAAGUUUUGGACUCUGUCUUAGUGGGCCCGGUUCCUGCAGGAAGACACAUGUUUGUAUUUCAGGCUGAUGCGCCCAACCCCGGACUCAUUCCAGAUGCAGAUGCAGUUGGCGUCACCGUGGUGCUCAUUACUUGCACCUAUCGAGGCCAAGAAUUUAUCAGAGUCGGCUAUUAUGUAAAUAAUGAAUAUACUGAGACAGAAUUAAGGGAAAAUCCACCAGUAAAACCAGACUUUUCUAAGCUUCAAAGAAAUAUUUUGGCAUCUAAUCCCAGGGUUACAAGAUUUCACAUUAAUUGGGAAGAUAACACAGAAAAACUGGAAGAUGCAGAGAGCAGUAAUCCAAAUCUACAGUCACUUCUGUCAACGGAUGCUUUACCUUCAGCGUCAAAGGGGUGGUCCACAUCAGAAAACUCGCUGAACGUCAUGUUAGAAUCCCACAUGGACUGCAUGUGACCACCCGCCAUCCCUUUAGUACAGAUUAAGCUAUUACAAACAGAACUAUUUCCCUGAAAUUCCAUAAGUACAUAGUCAAGACACAAUGUGAAGAAUUUCAUCCUGUAGAAAGUUUGUAAGAAAACCAGUAUUUGAGCAAAUUGUGGAAUAUAAAUACAACUAUUUUUAAGUAA